GACUAAGCCUGGCUGGGCUACCGAAAUGGGCGGAGCCUCCAAGGAGUCUCUUGGCAACCGGAACUGGCCGCCAAACCGCCAAAGCUUGAGCUUGGAGCGCGUUGCCCUCUGGGAAUUGUAGUGUCAUUGGGAGGGCUCUUAGGAACUUCGACACUGUAGGCCCGGACACUGCGGACUACAACUUCCGACGUCCACCACGGGGGCCCGUGGGUGGGAAGAGUCCGGAGAGCUCCGUCCGGGAUUCUGUGCUCCCCGGUGACAGCAGCAGCAGGAAGUCGGUGGGCCCUUUCCGGGGGCUGAGGCCUCUUGCUCUCCGAGGGGAGAACACUGGACACUUCCCCACGCAACUCCCAUCUCUGGGCCCCGAGUGUGUUCAUGGCGAAGUCCCCGGAGAACUCUGCCCUGGAGGAGAUUCUGGGGCAGUAUCAGCGGAGUCUCCGGGAACGUGCCAGUAGAAGCAUUCACCAAUUGAAACGUGCCCUGAGAGAAAGUGAUGUCACUAUUGGAGAAGAUGUAAUAGAUCCUUCUUUUAGUACCAGUGUAGGAAAUGAAGAUGCUGGGAAUGCCUGGCGUGAACUGCAACACAGCCAUGCUGUUAAUCAACUCAAAGCUUUGCUGUGCCAACAAGCAACUAAGGAGAGUGAGGUAUCUCCAAGAAGACGAAAAUUGUCCCCUUUGAAAUCAUCAGAAUAUGAGGAAACCGAUAUGCCUGCUCUACAGGAUCUUGUUCCCAUCAUCAGUGACCAGUCUCAAUACAUUCAUCAUUUAGAGGCAGAAGUCAAGUUCUGCAAGGAGGAACUCUCUGGAAUGAAAAAUAGGGUACAAGUAAUUGUGCUUGAAAAUGAAAGGCUCCAACAAGAGCUGAAAUCUCAAAGGCAAGAGGAAGCAAUGAGGGAACAAACACUUCUGGAUGCAUCUGGAAACAUACAGAAUUCUUGGAUUACAACAGGUGAAGAUUCUAGGGUGGAUGAAGCUGCCAAGAGAUCAUUUUCCAAUGGCAAUGCAGAUAUUAUCAAAGGUGCAUCUGCUAGUGAGGCUGAAAAAUGGAAACUAGAACUGGAGAGACUAAAACUUACUUAUGAGGAAAAGAGUGAAAUCCUGGAAUCUCAAUUGAUGUUUUUGAGGAAAGACCUAGUUGAAUCUCAGAAAAAUUGUGAAGAUCUUAAAGAGCGACUAAAGCAUAAAGAGUCUCUUCUUGCUGCUAAUAUUUCUAACCGUGUUGGUGGUCUUUGUUUGAAAUGUGCUCAGCAUGAAGCUGUUCUUUCCCAAACCCAUAAUAAUGUUCACAUGCAGACCAUUGAAAGACUGUCUAAAGAAAGAGAUGACUUAAUGUCUGCACUAGUUUCCGUGAGGAGCAGCUUGACAGAGGUGCAGCAAAGAGAAGCAGGUGCUUAUGAGCAGGUGAAACAAGCUGUGCAAAUGACUGAGGAGGCCAACUUUGAAAAAACCAAGGCUUUAAUCCAGUGCGAACAGUUGAAGAAUGAACUGGAGAGGCAGACAGAGCGACUUGAGAAAGAACUCGCAUCUCAGCAAGAAAAAAGAGCCUUUGAGAAAGAGAUGAUGAAAAGAGAAAUAGCAAAAGAAAGAGAGGACAUGGGCUCAAAGAUGUUGACCCUAUCUCAGAGUAUUGCCCAACUGGAGGUUCAGGUGGAAAAGAUUACAAGAGAGAAGAUUUCAGCUGUUAAUCAACUAGAGGAAAUUCAAAACCAGCUUACUUCCCGGGAAAUGGAUGUCACAAAGGUGUGUGGAGAAAUGCGCUAUCAAUUGAAUAAAACCAAAAUGGAGAAGGAUGAGGCAGAAAAGGAGCACAGAGAGUACAGAACAAAAACUAAAAGGGAUCUUGAAAUUAAAGAUCAGGAAAUAGAGAAAUUGAGUUUAGAACUGAGUGAAAGCAAGCAGCACUUGGAACAGGAGCAGCAGAAGGCAACCCGGGCCGGAGAGGAGUGCCUGAAACUGACAGAACUGCUGGGCAAAUCUGAGCACCAACUGCACCUCACCAGACUGGAAAAAGAUAGCAUUCAGCAGAGCUUUAGCAACGAUGCAAAGGCCCAAGCCCUUCAGGCCCAGCAAAGAGAGCAGGAGCUGACACAGAAGAUACAGCAAAUGGAGGCCCAGCAUGACAAAACUGAAAAUGAACAGUAUUCAUUGCUGACCUCCCAGAAUUCAUUUCUGACAAAGUUAAAGGAAGAGUGCUGCACAUUAGCCAAGAAACUGGAACAAAUCUCUCAGAAAAGCAGAUCUGAAAUAGCUCAGCUCAGUCAAGAAAAAAGGUAUACAUAUGACAAACUGGAAAAGUUACAGAGAAGAAAUGAUGAAUUGGAGGAACAGUGUGUCCAGCAUGGGAGACUACAUGAGAUAAUGAAGCAAAGGCUAAAGCAACUAGACAAGCACAGCCAGGCCACAGCCCAGCAGCUGGUGCAGCUCCUCAGCAAGCAGAACCGGCUUCUGCUGGAGAGACAGCCCGUCUGAAGAGGUGGGACGUCUGAGAUCCCAGGUCCUGGGAGAAGCACAGGUUGGGCAGAGAUCCUGUGGGACCAACAGCCAUGGAACGAUGUUCACAGCUCUCACCCGGCUCCUCCAGCGUGUGCAGCCACCUCAUCCUGUACCUGUGCGGCCAGACCUCGACCAGCACUCAGCUGUCUGGGCAGGUCCUUGAGGGGGGCCCUGGGUGAUGCCAGCCAAAGGUUGGGGCCAUCGGGUCUCCAAGACAGCUGGCGGGACUCAGCAUCAGUGGGGCUCCUGGCCUCCAAGAGCUGAGAACGACUUCAGAACUUGGGUUGUGGAGAGUCUUCUAUACAAGCUCUGAGCAUGUGGCAGUUUCUUCUCCGUUCUGGACCAGAUCAUUAUCCUGUGGGGUUUGCCUUUUAACUCCCCAUCUGCCUACCUGACAGCCCACUUAGAUCUUAACAUGGAUCAUCAAUGCUUAGAAACCUCUUCCAGGGCUUUAAAAACCUGAUAAUUGCCAAAUGGAUUGCAACAUUUUUGUAAAAUGCAUUAAAAAAAAAACCCUAAAAACCUCAAAAUUCUUCAGAAAAAUGAGCAGGUCUUUUUUCCCUUGCCUGAAGCAACAGAAAGGAUUUGACCAUCCUAUGCUAUCUGAGACUGGCCCAUCUGGCUCAUCUCUAAAGGGAUCUUUCAGAUUCAGAUAUUGCAUUUGGAAUUAUUUUAAUGUGAACAUGACAAAAGAAGCUUGGUAGAGAAAAUGUUGGCUUUCAGUAGCAAAUACUAGCAUUCAAAGAGGAGGCAGGAACCCAGGCAAGCUCUCUACUCUCUAAACCAAAGGCCCACUCUUUGCGCCCAAGUGCGACGUUAGAUCUGUUUCUGCCGUGGAAUAAACUUGAACUCUGAAUUUAGUUUCCAGGGAGCCCUUGAGGCUGCCAUUUGACCCCGGCAGGUAUUUGGAGGGUGCUGCCUCCCGAGGGUUCCAGAGUGACCGGCCACAUCCACUCCACACCCACCCUUCUCCUGGAGAGAGUCCUCUGGCUUGUCUCUGGUUUCAGGAUGGUUUAGCUAAAGGCUUCCAUUUUCCCAGCCUGGAUGAAUUAAGCAUAAUAAUUUUGCACGUCAAACUCUAAAAAUCUCUAUCCACUGGAUUCUCAAAAGAGAAUGGAUAUUUUCUGGCCUGGGCAGCUGCUCUGAAGCUGAGUCACAUCCCUCCAAUUUGCUCCUGUGCCUGAGCCCUGGGCCCUGAAGCAGAUGACAAGCUCGGGUUGGCCAGUGGCCUCUGACAGGAAACAUCUAGCCUGUUUAGGAGGCUUUAUUAUUCUAAAUUGUUUCUGCUUAACUUCUGAAACAUGCACAACAACAUGCCUGGCCGGGGGGUGCUGCUCAACGUCCUAACUGCCCCUGUGACAUUCUUUGGCCAUGAGAAUUCCCGUCUCCCCUGAAACGCUGCUGGCGAGAGUCGGGCUGGCCUUGUGGCCGACCCAGUGGACGUAGAUCAGUUUGCUGAUCGCCAAGUUCAAGGCUGCUCUUCUGACUUGUUCUUAGUUUAGGACUGAUUAAAAACACUGGCUUUAUGAAUCUCCCGCUUCACUCCUGGGGAAAACACUUCUGGGAGACAGCUUUUGAAACAUCAUGAAUUGCUAUGUUAGUUCUUGUAGCGAAAUAGAGACAUGAAAACACUAACCCAGUCUUACUCCAAACAUGAUUCUCCUCUGUUCUCUUCAGGGACAGGAGUGGAGGACUGGG